AUGAUUGAUGUAGAUAUAAGUGAGAAAGACAAUAUAUUACUAAGGGAACUAAUCAGACAUAAGAAUUUGAUUAUCAAAACACACAGCAAACCAUUAAAAGUUUGCUUGACCAAGUAUCAACUUUAUCAAAGAUAUUGGAACAGACAUCGCCAUCUGUUGCCGACAUUAACAGGCAACCAAUUGUAUCGUCAUGUUAUCAAUACGGAAAACACAAGACAUCUACCAACAAGUACAGUGAUGUUUAUAAAGAAACCAUCCAGUUCAUCAAUUCAAAAGCCAGUCACAUCGAACGCAGCCAAUAAUACUGGCAACGCUGUAACGAGGCAGCAAGUGGCACUUGCAGUCGAGCAGGCGCUGUCGUUAAAUGGUGCUGCAGUACCAGUAGAAACGUCCGCGUCCACUUUGUCCCCUUCAACUCAACAGUCUGGCGACGGCGGUCAUGGAGUUACAAGCGAGAGUUCGUGGCAUAGUUGA